AUGAGUGCUAUGGUGAGCUUUUGGUGGGAUGAGUGUGCCGAGAAGAGGAAGAUUCAUUGGGUAUCAUGGGAGAAACUUUGUAUUUCUAAGGAGAAUGGUGGCUUGGGUUUUAGAGAUAUUGAAGAUUUCAACCAAGCACUCCUAGCAAAACAGGCUUGGAGGUUGUUAAAUGAACCUAACAGCUUGCUAGCGAGGAUUUAUAAAGGAAAGUACUAUGCUAAGAAGGGUUUUAUGGAGUGUGGGAAAAGGUAUAGACCUUCGUACGCAUGGAGAAGCAUCCUUUUUGGCCGGGAGCUAUUGAGUAAGGGGUUGGUUGGAUCCAUUGGUGAUGGCCAGUCAACUUUGGUGUGGAGUCAGAAAUGGAUCAUGGAUGAAGUCAUGCGCAGACCUAUUAACAAAGAAAUGAUGAUUGAUGUUAAUCUGAAAGUCUCCGCUCUUAAGCUGAAUGAGAAUCAAUGA